AUAAAUCGGUAAGCUUUUUACAUGUUCGCUUGUAGUCUGCGGGAAAUGUUACUGCAUUACAGACUAAAAAUUAACAGUAGCAUUGCUAUCAUUGGGUUAUGACGAGCAGGUACCGUCUCGCUUAACUAACUGGCGAUGGAAUGAUGAAGUUUAACAGCAAAAUUUAACGAUUAAACGAGAAUAGUAUAGCAAAGACCCGGAUGAAAGUUGAUAAAUAAUGGACAUGUGACAGGAGAAAAACAAUAAAGCCAACGGGAUUGAAAUACAUCAUCUCGUUUUGUUCGUAAGGAAAAACUGACGCAAUGGAUGCUCCCGUGAACGUUCACUGCGCGUGUGCCAACAAUAUAUGGUGAAAGUGAUAUUGGCUGGCAGAGCAGACCUACCGGUAAACAAAAGCUAAAGGGACUUGUAGAAAAGCAGAUCUAUCUGGGUCUUUUUUUUUGUCUGAUGAUUGAUAACCUGGUUAACUGGUCCCUUCCCGACGGAACGGAAAAAUCUAUGGAGUCUGUAACAUUUAUUUGCUUCGCUAAUUGCUAAGCGUAGACAAUAUACCAGAGUUCACUAAGAACCGAAACGCGCGAAAAUUACAUGCGUCAGUUUGUGUCUGGGGCUCGAAUUUAGGCUAAUGGUAGACUACAAACGACUGUCCGUGCUUAACUGCACUCAACAUGAACGAAAAGCUAGUGACUAGGAUUAUCGCUAUUGUUACUGAGAUUAGCCUUUCGCCUCUUUUGAUUUUGGUAUCUAUUUUGAGCUGCUAACUGAUCGCCAUUAUUACAGUCCCAUUAUCAACUAUCUCAAAUAAUUUUAUCUCAGGUUUUGUUGGCCCUGAACUAAAUUGUUCUGACAUAUCGCUCAUCAUUGAGUGCGAUGACGUGUUUACUUUUAUGAGCUCGAUUCCGCUCACUUAAAUAUAGUCGCUGGCAGGAAAACAUCGGUAGGAAGAUUCCUCUAUUCACGACAAAACACGCCCGGUUGCCUGGGCAUUGUCUCCAUUAUGUUUUAGGCUCGUUGUGAAAUGAGGCGAAGCUACAAGGCGGUAUGGAAUGUUCUUCUUGAAGAGAACUUGCCGACACGGAAUCCUGUUGAUCUCUUCGAUAGGUGGUUUACAGAAGCUAAAGACUCAAAUACAAUCUACGAAACAAACGCGGUCGCAGUGGCGUCCGCCACGCGGGAUGGUAUACCAUCGGUCCGAAUGGUCCUGCUAAAACAAUUCGAUGAGCGCGGCUUCGUUUUCUUUACAAACUAUGAUUCCCGGAAGGGUCGAGAACUACUAAGCAAUCCUCGGGCAGCAAUGCUUUUCUACUGGGACCAGCAGCACAGGCAGGUUCGCGUCGAAGGGCGCGUGGAGAAGAUUUGUCGACAAGAGUCAGAAGCUUACUUCGAAACACGACCCCGAGAUAGUCAGAUAUCCGCUUCAAUCAGCAAACAGAGUACCGUUGUCGAAUCCAGAAAGGUUCUGGAAGAGGAGCAUGAGGCUUUGAAAAUCAAAUAUUGCGACACUUCGACACCUGUUCGCUGUCCGGAUAACUGGGGAGGUCUGAUUCUAAUUCCUGAAUGCUUCGAGUUUUGGCAAGACACCUUAACGUGUACUAUAAAAUCACAUCAGAGUCUUCAGCGAACGAAAGCUGUGUGCUGUGAACACGGUGGUGAAUUCUUUAAGGGACAUACACACACGCAGAUAUGUAAUCUUUUUGACCUAAAUCCAUCUAAGCGAUGUGAGAUUCUCUGGAUGAUCCUUUUUGUGCGCAAGCAACUUUGAAUAACAAGCAUGAAUUAAGCGCGGUGAACCCGAUGGAAAAUACGGAAGGCCCACAGCAGAAACCAAACGAAUAUGUUUUGCCUUUAAUAAUUUUCCUAUUUGCGGAAAGAACGUUUCGUAGUAAUUGAAAUUUCGUUAAUUUGUCACUCAUCGCUUAGCAAUAUGAUUUAUACCUAGAUACGAGUCAUACAGAACGAUGUGCAUCUACAGCUGAUCAAAUAACUGUUUUAGAAUAUUUGCAGUUGACAGGUAGUCAAUUAUGAGUACCAUCGUAAUCAAAUUUCGGUUGAGUUGUUUAAUAAGUCUAUAUUUAUAAGCUAAGAAGUGGAGAGGUGCUUUUGUUGUUUCGCGUUGUUCUUGUGUGGGGUUCUUCGAUUCCCAGGAUGACGUCCAGGAGGAUUUCGAUUUAUAAAACUUCAAAUUUAAGAAUAAGGACGUACUCAUGAAAUCUCGUUGUUUGUUUACGAAAUAUAAUUGCAGAUAAUAUCCUAAAAAAAAAAAGCCGUUGAGUUAUUGACUUCGUGGAUAUGUCAUAGAUACUGUAACGUAACCUUAUGAUACUAUAGCAAAUUAAUCCCUUUGGGGUAUUUGUUAAAGUCAAGCCGUAGGAAUAAACUUGGUUUUUGACACGAUCAGCUGAAAGAUCUACACAAUUGACUUAUUCACUUGGAUUUCUCUAAAUUAUUUCGAAGAUACUGAUUUUAAAAGAGGUUUAAAAAAAUAACGUGAUUAAUUGGCAAACUCGUUAGUAAAUAUGUGGGUGGGGGAAGAUUGGUAAAGUUUCGACAACAAGACGUCAUGCGUAAGUAUCAACCAACAUUUUUUGACAUUGUUCUGUGUCUUCUCCCUACGUACAAAAAAUGAUCGAUCAAAUGCACUCAUAACAACAGUCCCUAGGUCGAAUACACUCUCGCACCAUAAUGAUUGAUCAUCUACUACAAAAUUGAACAAAUAGCUUACCCAACACUAAAACUAAAGAUCUCUAGCUAACAAAAAGGCUUUCGAAAUGCUUUUAAAAAAAAAAAACGAAAAUCGUUUUAAAUCUCUACAACGAUUUUUCUUGGAGCAAAUGUACUACUUAUGCACAAGUGAACCAUGACCUGGCAGAUAGUUAUGGUUCAGACGCUUUACUCCAAACCUGACCACUUCCGGAAUCAGAUCUCGAAAAAAACGGAUACUUCAAAUUCUCACUCUCUUUCUUAAUUACG